GUACAGUACGACAUAUUUUCCUUUGUUUAGUGUUCUCUGUGUUGUGCCCGAAAGUAGAGUUCUAAGUUUUCUGUGCUGUGCUUCUAAUCAUUCAGUGACCGCCCUGUGUGUCUUUUGCCGUGUCAGGAAAAGAAUGUUGCGUCUCCAGGUUACGUGAGACCAACACUCGCCCCACAUCCCAGCAUGGCAUCCAACCGAUAUCACGACAUGGAGGAAUUUCGUAAGACAAUUAAACACCAACCAACAGCGAAUCUGGUCAUUACUGUAAAGGAAGGAGACGAGGCAGGGGUGAGGUCCGCUCUCGACAUGGGUGCCUGGCCCGGGGUCACCGUCUUUAAUGAUGUGGCGUCAUGGAGUCUUCUGAGUCUGGCUGCCAGCGAAGGCCACGACCACCUGCUACCUCUCUUACUGAAGGCGGGGUUAAACAUAGAAGGUGGAGGCACUACUGAUAUGACACCACUGAUGGAGGCUGCAAAGCGUGGCCACACCCAAACUGUGGAGGCACUGCUGGACCUCGGCGGUAAUCCUCUGGCCACGGAUGGUGACGGAACUGGUCACUGCUGUGGAGAAAGGAGACGAGGCAGGAGUGAAGUCGUCACUCGACAAAGGUGCCCGACCUAAUGUCACCGUCUUUUCUAAUGAUGUGGCGUCAUGCAGUCUGCUCAGUCUGGCUGCCAGCGAAGGCCACUACCACCUGCUACCUCACUUACUGCAGGCGGGUUUAAACAUUGAAGGUGGAGGCACUACUGACAUGACACCGCUGAUGGAGGCUGCAAAGCGUGGCCACACCCAGACAGUGAAGGCACUGCUGGACCUCGGCAGUAAUCCUUUGGCCACGGAUGGUGACGGAUGGACAGCAAUACACAUGGCUGCAUGGUGCGGUCACCAGCAGUGUGUGGCGGCCCUCAUCCGUGUCACCCCUCCCACUCCCGCACACCUCGAGGCAUACACCCCGGUGCACGCCGCCAGUUUUAAAGGCCACGUGGAGGUACUUAAGCAGCUAGCAGGUGCUGGCUGGCCCCUCACCGCCAGGGACAGUUAUGGCAACACACCUAUGCACCGUGCUGCGGCCGGGGGUAACCUGACAUGUCUGCAAUGGCUGAUACAACAAGGGGGUGACCCGAGCGUGCAAAAUAAUGCUGGACACACCCCGCUUGACGAGGAACUGGUCACUGCUGUGGAGAAUGGAGACGAGGGAGGGGUGAGGUCGUCACUUGACAAGGGUGCCCGGCCCGAGGUUACCGUCCCCACUAAUGAUGGGGCGUCAUGGAGUCUGUUGAGUCUGGCUGCCAGUAAGGGCCACGACCACCUGUUACCUCACUUACUGCAGGCAAAGUUGAACAUAGAAAAUGGUGGCGCCACAGACAUUACACCGCUGAUGGAGGCUGCCCAGCGUGGCCACACCCAGACAGUGAAGGCACUGCUGGACCUCGGCGGAAACCCUCUGGGCACGGAUGUUGACGGAUGGACAGCCCUACACUUUGCUGCAAGGCUGGGCCACCAGCAGUGUGUGGCGGCCCUCAUGCCUGUCACCCCUCCUACUCCCGCACACCUCGAGGCAUACACCCCGGUGCACGCCGCCAGUUUUAAAGGCCACGUGGAGGUACUUAAGCAGCUAGCAGGUGCUGGCUGGCCCCUCACCGCCAGGGACAGUUAUGGCAACACACCCAUGCACCGUGCUGCGGCCGGGGGUAACCUGACAUGUCUGCAAUGGUUAAUGCAGCAAGGGGGUGACCCGAGCGUGCAAAAUAAUGCUGGACACACCCCGCUUGACGAGGAGCUGGUCACUGCUGUAAGGGAAGGAGACGAGGCAGGGGUGAGGUCGGCACUUAACAGGGGUGCCCGGCCAGAGGUCAUCGUCCCCACUAAUGACGGGGCGUCAUGGAAUCUGCUGAGUUUGGCUGCCAGCAAGGGCCACCACCACCUACUGCCUCGCUUACUGGAGGCGGGGUUAAGUAUAGAAGGUGGAGGCACCACUGACAGGACACCGCUGAUGGAGGCUGCCGAGUGUGGCCACACCCAAACAGUGAAGGCACUGCUGAAACUCGGCGGUAACCCUCUGUCCAUGAAUAGUAUAGGAUGGACAGCCCUACACUUUGCUGCAAGGCAGGGCCACCACCACUGUGUGGCGGCCCUCAUACCCGUCACCCCUCCCCCUCCCGCACACCUCGAGGCAUACACCCCGGUGCACGCCGCUAGUUAUAAAGGCCAUGUGGAGGUACUGAAGCAGGUGGCAGGUGCUGGUUGGCCCCUUACCGCCAGGGACAGUGAUGGCGACACACCCAUGCACCAUGCUGCGUCUGGUGGAUGUGUAGCAGCUGUAAAGUGGCUGGUGCAGAGAGGUGGUGACCCACAUGUGCAAUCGAAGGAUGGACACACCCCGCUGGAGUUGGCCGUGCAGUAUGGCCGCCACGAGGUUGAGACCUGGCUGGUCAAAAAUGGCGGUAGUGUUGUGAGGAGCAAGAUUCUGCGUGUGGAGGGAGUGAGAGCGUGGCGGGAUGUGCAUGAAAACCAACACAACAGCGUCUUGUCCAUGCUGGUGGUGGGCAACGAGGCAGCCAUGGCCAGCAUCCCCGAGGAUGAUGACGGUCACGCGCUAAGCCAGGAUGGCCUUACGCCUCUCCAUGCCGCGGCGCUGUGCGGGGCUCCCAGUGAUGCUGUGGAGGCUUUGCUCCGACGCGGCGUGAGCCCUCAUGUGACCACCCCUGACAACAUGACCCCCGCUGACCUGGCACAGCAACAAGGUCAUGACUCAGUGAUUAAGGGACUACAGUGCCACCAUUGUGAACAGAGUGGCGCGCCUCCUGAGCACCUGCAUGAGAAGUUGCUCUCAACAGUCAGUCGCCAGGAUGACGUGCAGGCGGUGUCCACCCUCCUGUGUAAGGGCGCGCCCAUAGAGCUCCUGGGUGGCCAUUCCGUCCUCAAACUGGCUGUCACUACCGACCGUACACACACCGUCAGCCUGCUGCUGGCUAGCGGUGCACCGCUGUCUGCCAGCCUACUGCAGGAGGCUUGGCAGAGCCCCGACGUGACUCAUAGGGUGCUAGCCUUCCUCACCACCGCCUAUUGCUGCCGGCUGCGUGCAGAGCAGCGUCGCCUGGAAAAGGUCAGCAGCGCCCUUGUCGAGGGCAUCGACAAUCUAGUGAAAACCAUCGAGGGAAAUACUCCCUGGCAGGCAGCCUGGCGAUGGGGAAAGGAGACUGACCGGCCAGCACUGAGCGACCUCCUGGCAAAGGCCGCGGCUGCCAACUGCCCCGUGACUGCCGCCUUCCUGCAUAGGGCAGGAGGGUGGACAGUCUUUAAUGAAGCCUCUGGUGGCACUGCCCUCCAUGCUGCCCUGGAGGCUGGCCACAGAGGCAUGGCCGAGCUGCUGAUCAGGGACCUUGGGGCUUGCCCGUACGUGCCGGACACACAUGGUCGCCUUCCAGUGCACAUGAUGCCCAACGAGGAGCAACAGAGGCUGGAGCAGAAACUCUUUAUGGCGGAGCGUGAAAAACUGGAGAAUAUGGAGCUUCGCCUGAAGGCAGAUCACGAGAAGACCGCAGCACGGACAGCGCUGUAUAUACAGGAGGACCUUUUUGAGAGCCACAAGAAGGGCGAGAGUAAGAAUAUCUUCUCUCCUGAUGGCCGCGCCGCCAUGCUGCUGGCCUCACGCAAAGGCCUCCUGCAGCUGACUCAUUUUAUACUGCAAGAGGGUCAAUUCCUCGUGGAUGAGGUGCUGGACGACACCUGCGGCACCACCGCCCUCCACCAGGCUGCCUCGCAUGGCCAGGACGGCUGCGUGGCGCUGCUGCUGAGCGCCGGCGCCAACACACAGCAGUGCGACACCUAUGGCCAGACGCCCCGCCAUCUGGCCGCCAUGUUUGGCCACAAAAGUACUUUUGAACUCCUUACACACCAACAGACGCAGGACCCUCCUUGUCGCGCGGGCACCACGGCCACACAGGUGAAAGAAAAUUUUAAAGUCUUUCACAAUAUGUAUUAUAAAUAUAAGCGUAAUCUAUUAAAUACAGUUGACCGUCAUAACCCCGAAAGCGUCAUAAGAAAUCUUAUGAAAUCCAUAAGCCUGCAAGAGCUGCAAAAGGAGGCUCAGCGGAUGGCUGUGGAUCUAUCAAAGGGUGAGGCUUUUGAGGUAAAGGAGGCGGUCAUGGCGGAAAUAAGCAUCAUCUUGAAUAAGGUGUCAGUCGCUGAUCCCACCUACCGCGGCGACCUGAGGCUGGUGGGCAGCUCUCGGGACGGCUCUAAGCUGUACGCCCCUGACGAAUUUGAUAUAAACCUCGUGAUUCACGAGGAUAACGUAAGAAUAAAUGUUAGUAAGAGAGGGAAGGAGGAAGCCCCACUGAAGGGCAGUUUACAGAUUUCUGUAAAGACUGACAAUCCCCAUCUUAAGGGUAAUAGAUUUAUGGCCAGUUUGUACGAAGAGGUGCACCGGUGCCUCUCUGGCCAUACCCUGCAGGACGAAAGACUGAGCCUGGUGCCGCCGGGCCUGACCAGCACGCAAGUGGGUGUGGGACUCUCUCUGGCCUGGCAGGGGCGAGAGUGUCCACUGUUACUGGUCAGCGUGGAUCUAGUGCCAGUGCUUGAGGUGCCAUGGCUGGAACAAGUUUCCAGACCCUUCCUCACUCCUGAAAACACCACCACCAUGCAGCUCAGUAAUGCUGCAGAUGGAACAUGGCGCUGCAGCUUUGCCUUGACAGAGGCUAAGGUGCUGAGGAUGUUGACACCCGCAGAGCGCCAGGUACAGCUGAUGGGAAAAGUACUUCUUUCUCGCCUCAAGCCCGAGCGCUGGAUGCCUCGGCACAAAAAGAGUUUUUUCAAAUGGUUUGCCACGCGGGAGUGGAACAUCGCGGUGCCAAACGGGUUCUGCUUCAAGAACGCGCUCCUGCGGUGGCUGGAGCAUAGGCGGUGGAGGGAGGUAGAGCUUGGGGCUGGACAGGAGCAGGACCACAUUAAGGAGUUGGGGGUUGGACAGGAGGGGGACCACACAAAGAAGUUGGGGGCUGGACAGGAGGGGGACCAUGCCAAGGAGUUGGGGGCAGGACAGGAGGGGGACCGCACCAAGGAGUUAGGGGCUGGACAGGAUGGGGACCACGCCAAGGAGUUGGGAGCAGGACAGGAAGGGGACAACACCAAAGAGUUGGGGGCUGGGCAGGAGGGGGACCAUGCUAAGGAGUUAGGGGAUGGACAGAAGGGGGACCGCCCCAAGGAAUUGGGAGUUGGACAAGAGGGAGACCACACCAAGGAGUUGGGGACUGAACAGAAGGGGGACCAUUCCAAGAAGUUGGAGGUUGAACAGGAGGGGGACCAUACAAAGGAGUUGGGGGCUGGACAGGAGAGGGACCAUGCCAAGGAGUUGGGGCCGGGGCGGAAGGGGGACCCCGCCAGAUGGCUGGUGGAAGUGUUCAGAUUGAUGUGUGCGAACCCAGAGGAGUCACGAGAGCACCUGACUACUCAAAACAGCUCCGCCUACUUUGGAGGAGACUGUGAGGGGCGGAAGCCUGGGGACGGAGCGCCCACCAUUGUUCAGUGUUUGGAGGAGGGUUUGGAAAAGUUGUGCUUUGGCUCGGCCUCAGCCAAGACAACCAGGCCGCGGCGACGAAAGUAUUAGAUGCAGAAGAUGCAGACCCUUGUAAUCAUUAGCUGUGAGCUGUACCACGCGUCGCUAAGACCCCCCCACACACACAGGAACACAAGUGCUUGGUGCUCGAUUUUCAGAUUCAGUAGUUCAUAUUAGGCUUGCACCAUGAAAAUCUGUAUUUUUCUUUAUAUCAGUUUCACAAGUAAUUACUUGUGAAACUGAUAUAAAGAAAAAUACAGAUUUUCAUGGUACAAGCCUAAUAAGAGAGAGAGAGAGAGAGAGAGAGAGAGAGAGAGAGAGAGAGAGAGAGAGAGAGAGAGAGAGAGAGAGAGAGAGAGAGAGAGAGAGAGAGAGAGAGAGAGAGAAAACUCUCUUAAUUGGCUCUCAUCUGUGUACACUUGUUGGUUCCUGUAUUACUACAGGCUGAGUAAUGUUAUAGUACAAGCUGAGGUAAAUGCCACAUUUGGCCAGUAAAUACAAGAGUAUAAGAAAAUAGUCAACUUGCAUGUUGUAUGGUGAAACAGGUUCUAGAUAUAUCUCUCAAUUAAUUGAUGAUAGGCUUAUAAUUUUUUGGUAUUCAUUUACAAACUGCAUUGGCAUUAAGAUAUCAAAUAUUUUGUAUAGGUUUAUUAAGACUAUGUAUGAUCUGGGGGUAUAUAAAGCAUUUUGGCUUGAUAAGAGGCCAAAAUCUAAAUGGAAUGUCACAUCUGUACACCCAAGUACCAAAUGCAAAUGGUAAUUGUUUAAAAGAAAAUUUUAAGUUAAGGACUUGUGAUAUUUAUAGACAGAGAUUGUCUGAAGAAAUUUAGAACAGCCCAGUAUUUCUUAAUUAUGGGAUGAUGACAAUGGAAGGAAAAUUACAAAAGUAUUGAUCUGUUUUCCUUCAACAACACUCAUUUGCCAUAAGUUUAAGAAGUCAGGAGGAGCUAGACACAUCUCGAUGUUCAACUGCUUAGCGUGGGGUUUGAUGGGAAGUAUUUGUUUUGGAACGGGAGGGAUUUUGAUGCGGAACGCGGACACUUGAGGCGUUGGUUUAGAGGUCUGGAUUGUGUAGCUUUGUCAGCAAAGCAGGUAUGUGAUAGUGUAUUUCAGUGUGAAGAUAUUGUUGGGCAAAGUGUUGGAUGUUAAUGAAAUGUAGGGAGCGGGAGAGAGGAUGAUUAGAGUGCACCAUGGGUGUGUUGUAGGAGUUUCACGGUGAUGCCUUAGGACCGUAGCCGCAGCCAUCUUCACCAGUGUGUGCCUGUCUACUGGAGGAAUGGUGUAGUGAGUGGCCACCCUGAGCCCUAUCAGUUUGUGGUGACAAGAGGGAGAAGCCUGUCAUCACUGUCAGCAGGGGAAUAGAAGCGUUUGUGUUAACGAGGGUUACCCGUCGUGUCCCUCAGCUGGAAAUUUUGAGGUGUACAAUUUUUAUUUAAUUAUUUCUUUUUGUUGUGAGUUUACACGAGUUGUGUAUUGAUUUAUUUUGAUAUCCAUUAAAGUGUUAUUUGUAUGUUUUAUGUUUCUUUACCUUGGCAGGAGAUCUUUUUUUAGUUUUCACUUCAGUGGUGAAGUUAAGGUGACCCCAGGCUGGCAGGUGGGCAGCUGGUACUUCAUUAUAGUUUUGGUAGCAGAGCGUAGUUGUCAUACCCCUUUUUGGGUCUUGUGAGAAACUCCUGCUGGGGUCCAGUAUUUUUAUAUUAUUGUCAAAGCCAUGAAGGGGAAAUCUGUGAAGGUGGAGAAGUUAAUUGACCAUGGACUGCUAGAGACUGGGUGUCAGGAAGGGUUUAGGGCUGUGGGACAA